AUGGAAAGAAAUUUGAAUAAAAAAUGCUCAGUUUGUGAGUGUAGAGAAAAUGUUUGUUUUCAUUAUGGAGUAAGUACAUGUAGGGCUUGUGGGGCUUUUUUCAGGCGUUAUCUAGAAAACGAAAAAAAGAGUAAAUAUAGUAAAUGUAAUUGUUUGCAUAAACAAUUGUUGUUGUUAAAAGAGAAGAAAAUUGAAAGAAAUUGGGAAAAAUGUAAAAAAUGUAGACUUGAUAAAUGUUUUUCUGUUGGAAUGAAAAAAUUGGAUGUUGGAUAUUUACGCCGAGAUAUAUGCCGGGAAGCAAUGGAAGUACAAAGAAAUGAAAUUAACGUAAAUUUAUUUUUGAUCGGGAAAACUUACUGUAGAUUCUUAUUUUUCUCAAUAAGAUAUCCGUUUAAUUUUGUUUCCACGGAAAACCAGGAUUAUUGUCCUGCUAAAGUUAUUUUCGAUACCUUAUAG